AUGCUGAGAACACCGAGUAAAAUCAAAAGAAAAUAUCCUUGUCCGCCACCGCUUCUACGUAUUCCGCGAGUGAGAUUCAGAUGAUUCUGUCUAGAAUUUUAACAAACAUUUUCAGAAAACAUGGAGCUUGAUGGCUAUUUGUAUGUUCGUUCUAGAAUUUUUCAGCGGUGGAUUUCAUUUCUUAUGUGUGCAGGCUGCUUUUUUGUGUAUGGAAUGUGUCCGAAACUUUGAAACAUUCCAAAAAUUCAGAUAUCAAGGAAGAUGUUGCCUUUAACUUCAGAUUGGUUUUCAUUCCAUCCGCCACUUUUCUGGUAACAAACCAUCUGCUAUACAUGUAUUUUCUGUUUAACAACGGGCUCCAACAACUGAAUGCUCUCAUCACCAUAGCAAAUGUGAAUCAAGUUUCUGAAUCUUCUAAAACAUAAGCAAUGUUUCAGUUCGCGAAGUGCAUCGUCGAUUUCUGCUGUUUUUACUUAAUUUUCAAGUUGGAUUGCGCCUCGAUUCUUCCGAUUUUGGACUUGCUCCAAUUGAGAUUCAUCGCAGAUAUCUGUCGAUUUUUGAUGAUUUUUGUGUAUUUACACUUUGGAACUCGCUUCGAGAUGAAUUACAGAAAAACGAUACCGGUGAAAAAGAGAAUGCCGUGGGAUAAGUGA